AUGUUAACGAAGAGGCAGGAACCGAGGUAUCGGACGUACGCUAUGGUAUUCGACGAAGUCGACACCGUCAAACCGAGAGAAGAGGUAAGAGAUCUUGAAAACCCAGUACCAAAAGAGAAGAAGCCAUUGCUCAAAGCUCUGAAAGAAUUGACACCACACGAGAACAUAUACACCGUUCCAAAUAUCCUCACCGCAACCCGCUUGAUCGCGGCUCCAGUGAUUGGAUAUCUCGUUCUCCAUGAUUACCAUGCCUGGGCUGUUGGACUUUUCGCCUAUGCCGGAAUUACGGAUCUCGUUGAUGGAUGGAUCGCGAGGAAGUGGAAGCUACAGACUGUUGUUGGGACAGUAAUCGAUCCUAUGGCUGAUAAGACCUUGAUGACGAUCUUGACUGUUUGUUUAGCUGUGAAAGGGGCACUUCCAGUCUGGCUCGCAGUCAUAAUUCUCGGUCGCGAUAUCGCACUCGGGAUAUCAGCCAUCUACUUUCGCUGGAUAUCUUUACCCCCGCCAAAGACCUUUUCGAGAUACUGGGACUUUAGUCUUCCUUCCGCAGAAGUGCAUCCAACAACGAUCAGUAAAUACAAUACUGCACUGCAAUUGGUAUUAAUCGGAGCAACAACAGCGACGCCCUUACUGGGUACAACCGUUCUGGGGCUGGAUGUCGCGACAACUAUGACAGGAAUGCAAUAUCUUGUAGCCACAACUACAAUAUGGUCGGGACUCAGCUACAUUUACACAAAAGACGCAGUGAAGAUUUUAAACAAGGAGAAUAAAUCGCCGCCAGCGCCGCCAGCGCCGCCAAAGUCACCUUAG